CAGCAUUGCCGUCCUCAUCUUCUAUAGGCCAAUAUCCAUAUCAAUCAAUGUUGCCAUCAAGUUUGUUCAGUUUCAUCGAGGACGGUAACGACAUUGCCCGGCCCCAUUCACGGAUUAUUUUAUUUUAGAUCAUUUUUCACUUAAAAAAAUAAAACAAUUUCACUUAUUAAUUGCCUUACGAUACAGUGGUGGCGAUGACGAUAGCGCGAGUACUGCGGUGGAGGUGGGACGAGCUAAGAUCACGUGAUAUUUAUCCUAGCAACCAAGAGAAGCUGGGCUCAGGCAGCAUUCACUGGAUGAAUACCCGAUGCUAGCGACGAAAUAUAUUAAAAUAACAGGAGUUUUACCAGGUCUCCUUCAUGCCACAUGUGGCCAAAUACUGCUUUGAUGUCAAAGGCAGUCAAUCCUCAGGAAACUAUAUUUUUAGAUGUGCUGUGAGAAAGUCCAGAGCCAGGUGUUCUUGGAAAAUCCAAUUUGGGCAUCAGUGAGCAGAUUGUUGUGAAUACAGCCGUUUAAAAUGAGCCAGCCUUAUAAAACAAUUGAACCCAGUGUCAUUGAUGAUAAAAUGCUUGAAGAGAUGGUGAAGAAACAGGGACCAUCAGGAAGAGCAGGACAGAUAGCCCAACUGGAAGGAAUUGACUUCAAAGAUGUUGACCACCUUCAACUUGAUUUUCAAAAUAUACUGAAGAUUGACAAUAUGUGGCAGUUCACAUCAUUGACUAAACUCCAGUUAGACAAUAAUGUCAUUGAAAAGAUUGAAGGACUGAACACACUGAGCAACCUGAUAUGGCUAGAUUUAUCCUUUAACAAUAUUGAAAUGAUUGAAGGCCUGGAUGAACUGGUUAAACUGGAGGACCUUAGUCUGUACAAUAACAGAAUUUCCAAAUUUGAAAACAUGGACUCAUUAGUAAACCUGCAAAUUUUCUCCAUUGGAAAAAAUCAUAUCAGUGACCUGGAAUCUUUAUUUUUGCAGGUUGUCUAUUUAAGAAGAUUUAAGAGGCUGCGGACUCUGAAUUUGGCUGGAAACCCUGUUAGUGAAAGUGAACGGUACAGUCUGUACAUCCCUGCCUUUCUGCCUAAUUUGAUGUACCUGGACUUCAGAUUAAUAGAUAAAUUGACAAAAGAACUUGCUUUACAAAUGCAUAACUCUGACAUUGCAUACCUGGUACACCAAGAAGGUUUUGAAUUUAAAUCCCUUGAAAAGAUGAGAUUGGAAGAAGAAGAAUUGGCUUUACAUCAGGACGCUUAUGUGGAAUAUCUGAAUGGACCAGGUCUGUUUGACAGCAUGUAUGCAGAAGAUCUUGAAGCAGCAAAGCUUUUACUGCUUCCUGGAGUGUCUGAAUUUGUGGAACAAUACAAAAUUGAGUUCACCGAGGUUUGCCAGAAACUCUUUAAAUAUGGACUCGAAGGGUAUGACGCACGCAAUAAAGAAGUGGAAGGUUUUUUGGAAUGCUUGCGGGAAGCAAACGAAAAUAAUCAGCAAACUGGAGUAAAAAUGAUCAAGGACUUUGAGGAUAAGAACAAAGAGGCAUUGAAUGAAAUGCAGCACAUUUCUGACAGUGUGCUCAUGGAGAGUAAGACUCGACAUUUGCGGGGGAAAAUCAACAAAUUAUGGAGUAAACUGAUGAGCCUGGAAAUGCAAUUGGUUGACCAACUGGAGGAAGCAUCCAGAGAAUUUGAACGAAAUAUUUCAGAAAUUGUAUCAACUUACAUUGAAAAUGUACAAGCUCUAAUAGCACAGUGCCGGGACCUGGAGAACCGUAACCACGAGAACAUGUUGGAAAUUGCUAUGAGCAGUUAUGACAAGAUGGGAAAGACAGAAGGGGAUGAGGAAAUGCCAGAGGAACUCCGAGCUCUCUUUAUUGAUAAAGAUACAGUUAUUAAUACAGUCAAUGCAUCACAUGACUUGCAUCUACUUAAGAUUGACAACCAAGAAGACAAAAUGGUUACAAAGUCAAAUGCCUGGGUCAGGGAUGUUCUCGAGAAGCUGCAUACAGAUGAAAUAGCCCGCAAUCGUAAGCGAGUUCUGGAAAUUAACAUUUACGUCAGUCAUUGGCGAGAUGAACUAGAUUUCCUUGAGAUUCAGGACACGUAAAGUGAAGUGAGAGCUGUGGUUUCAUGAAUUGUGUUGCUGUGGGAGUUUAACCAGAAACCUGGAUUACUGUGACUUUUAAAGGUGGUUUCUUCUCUAUGACAUGUUUGUAUACAAGAUAGCUUCAUGACUUCCACUAUUGUCUCUGAUUGUUUGUAACCCCAGCAGAGGGAUUGGACUGCACUACUUAGCAGUUGGGUGUCCCCUGAACUACAUAUUUCAUAGAAAUUCCCAGACCUGGGAAUGAACCUUUCAGCAGAGAUGAAAACCUUAUGUUUCAGCAAAUAUACAUUUUCAGACCUAAUAUAGAGCAGGUGGUCAAGAGACCAAGUACUCCAACCUUCCUGCUGGGUUGCAUUUUAAAAAGAAAUGCAGGUUUGGUGUUUUUCCAUUCACCACUUUUGUCCAAUUUCUCUACCAGCCUUCACAGCCUUGGUGGUGAUUUGGAUGAUGAACUUUGUUUUCAACUCUUUUUUAAAUAUUAGAAUAGGAUACACUCAAUUAUUGUUCUGAAGGAAGCAGAUAACUUUAUCGUACAACACCUUAUCUGGUUUUCAGAAUAUGAAAAAGAAACAUUAUUUUUCAUUAAAACUAUACAUUUAAAGAAAGUGUAUUCGCAUUCCUUACGUAACCUCAUGGCAUUUGCAAUAUUACUUGGCUCACUCAUUUUUUAAAUAAUGCAUUAUUUAACAAAUUUCAUAUAAAUUUAAAAUACAUAUUUGAAAAUCAUGUCCUGUCAUUGCAGCAAAUUCAAAAAUGACCAAGUUGGCAUACUAGGCUAGUCGCAUUUGCCUCAUUUGGCCAGUAGCCCUCUAAAUAUCUAUAUUACUGUCCAAAUAUAUUUUAAAGGUUGUAAUUAUAUCCGCUUCUCUAGCUUCAUCUGGCAACUCGUUCCAGAUAAAAACUACCCUCCGAGUUAAAAGUUGCCCCGAGGUCCCUCAAAUUUAUCCCCUCGCCUUAAGCAUAUUAUGGCCUCUAUUUUAUAAUCUUCUCCAUUGGGAAGAAGAUUGCAAGCAUUCAUUUUUCCCCAUCUUGUAUACCUCAAUUAGGUCAUCCCUCAACCUCCUAUGCUCCAAAGAAAAAAAUCUCAGCCUACCCAUUGUAUCCCUGUAAUUCAAUCCAGCAAGCCCAGGUAAUAUACUGUUGAAUUUCCUCUGUACCUUUUCCAACUUAUGGAGAUUCUUCCUGUAGCUGAGUGACAAGAACUGCACACAACGCUCUCCCACAGCUGUUGUCUUACCUGCUGAAUAUUUCUGAUAUAUUGUUUUGUACCAAGUUUAAGAUGAAGGUUUGAUGCCAAAAAUAGUGGAUGGACCAAGUCUAAAACAUUACAAUAUUUGGAAGUAAAGUUUUAAAUGUAGUUUAAAUUCACAAAGUGGUAAUCCUGAAAUUCCCAAAAAAUUGAGGACAAUAAGAAACCAACAAAUAAUGAAAACAAUUUAUAAUAACAAGGAACUGCAGAUUCUGGUUUAUACAAAAAAAUGAUAAAAUGCUGCAGUAACUCAGUGGGUCAGGCAGCAUCUCUGGAGUUAAUGGAUAGAUGAUGUUUCAGAUCAGGACUCUUAUUUAUCCAUGUUCUCUAGAGAUGCUGCCUGGCCUGCUGAGUUACUCCAGAAUUUUGUGUCUAGUUAAAUAGCGAAAGCAGUCUGCAUCAAUAGUACUGAUAUAAACAGAGGAAGCGAUUUCCUGAUGUUAAUGCCCUAAUCAUUAACAAAAUCUAAUCGCACUUUGGCCAAAAUAAAGAAUUAUGAACCAAUGGCAAAAUUAACUACCUGCUACAGUGAGAAAUUACAAAAUAAACCCCUCCAUAAUGUUUGGGACAAAGACCCAUCAUUUAUUUAUUUGCCUCUGUACUCCACAAUUUGAGAUUUGUAAUAGAAAAAAUGCAUGUGGUUAAAGUGCACAUUGUCAGAUUUUAAUAAAGGCCAUUUUUAUACAUUUUGGUUUUACCAUGUAGAAAUUACAACAGUGUUUAGCAAGUCAAGUCGAGUCACUUUUAUUUAUAUAGCACAUUUAAAAAACAACUCGUUGGCCAAAGUGCUUUACAUCGGUGGAGGUAGUAACGUUAUACAACAGUGGUUCAUAGUUUAAAUGCAUACAUAUAGCCUUCACUCAGAGGACAUCAAGAAAGGCUUGAGAAAGGCUUCAUUUAAAUAGUCCCACCAAUGUAAUGUAAAUGAAAGUAGUCAUGUUUAGUAUUUUGUUGCAUAUCCUUUGCAGGCAAUGACUGCUUGAAGUCUGCGAUUCAUGGACAUCACCAGUUGCUGGGUGUCUUCUCUGGUGACUUCAGAAUUCACAUGCUACUACCAUCAGCAGUUGUAUCGUCAAUGAAAAUAAAUGAGCGAGUACCUUCAGCAGCCAUACAUGCCCAGGCUAUAACACCCCCACCACCAUGUUUCACAGACGAGGUGGUAUGCUUUCGAUCUUGGGCAGUUCCUUCCCUCCUCCAUACUUUGCUCUUCCUUGGCCUGCUAGUCCCUUUGCGAUGA